UACCUACCUUGAUUAUGAAUAUUUCAGAUUUAAACAGGUUGAAAGAGUUUUGGCAAUUAAUUAUAUUAAAUACUAAUUCUAAUUAAUGACAAGGGUGUAUUUACUGGUUUAGUUUGUAUCUGUUCGUAUUCUACCGUUUUUCAUUUCUUGGUAACAGUAUCACGUCAACAUACGAAGUGCGUCGUGUGCGUCGUCGUGAUCGACCUACGGUGUGCGCCUGCUCAAACGAGAGAAAACAAACGAAAAUCGCCAUAUUGUGUGAAGUUUGGUGAGUGUUGUGUGUAAAAAAAUUAUUAUCUACAGGAAAGUGGUGCAAUAUCUUGAAAAAUCAUAUCCUGUUUUAUAUAUUUCAAGAAUGAACUUGCUUAUUUUACUUUAGGGGGAAGAACUGUUUAACAAUGACAACCGAAGAGGAAAUUAAAGCCGAAUAUGCUUCUAGUUUAGCUGACUUGACAUUUAAUAGCAAGCCUCUGAUAAACGUGCUUACCAUGUUAGCAGAUGAAAAUUCUCCAAAUGCGAAAGUUAUUGUAGAAGCUAUUGAAACGCAUCUGUCAAAGGUUGCUACUGACAUCAAGCUCACUAUUCUGUACCUUAUCGACUGUAUCGUGAAGAACGUUGGUGGAACAUAUACUACUCUCUUCAGUCAAAAUAUCGUUUCUACGUUCUGUGGCGUAUUUAAAGCAGUGGAUGAGAGGACUCGCGCAGAGAUGUUCAAGUUACGACAAACUUGGAAUGAUGUUUUCCCCCAGAAGAAAUUAUACGCUAUCGAUGUACAAAUCAAUCUCUUAGAUCCAGCAUGGCCUGUAACUGCUAAGCCGCCGUCCAAUAGUAUACAUUUCAAUCCAAAAUUCCUUAAAACAACGACGACUACGUCAAAACCAAAAAUAAACUCCAGUGAUUCCACGCCAAUUAUAACGUCUACUACAGUACCAGGAAACGUCGAUAAAGAAACUCUCCUGAUGCAGGAGAAAUUAAUACAGAAACAAAAGGAAUUGCUCGAGCUGCAACAGAAAAAAUUGGAAUUAGAAGUUCUUCAAACUCAAGUGAAGUUACAAGAACAGAUAAAAAAUAAAGGACCCGCCAUAUCUCUCCCUACUAGGCCUCAGAACAUUCUUUUGAAACCAGAAGUCGCCGAACAGCUGGUGCCGUCAGCUAUAAAAAGUAAACCUAUGGGAAUUGUAAGUAGCAGAUGUAACUUUGUCCAUCGUAUUCUGAUCAAAUUUGAUUUGCAGAACUCCACUUUAAUGCAACAGAAAAUUCAAAGUAAUGGUCCGAGGAUCAAUCCAGUCAGCACUGCUUUAGUGUCGGCAGUUCGGCCAAUCAGAGAUCCAAGACUUCUUAGGCAGCAGCAAAAAGCAGAUAACAGUAAUUCUAAUAAUCCUCUAGACCAACAAAAGACUACAGUGUUAGCAAAUAAUAAAAUUGUUACAAAUAAAAUGGGCAUUCGUAAAAUUCGCAACGACCCCCGAUUAAUUAAUAAAGAUGAUAACUUUCCCCAAAAAAUUGAUACCACUAAAACCAAUAACCUUAGUAAAUCCCGUAAUUCCGAUUUAGUGCAAAAAUCACACAAAACACCCCGUUCCACCUCUAAAAGUAGUUCAGAUUCAGUUUCCAGCAAAUCUAGUUCUAGUAGUAGCUUAGAUUCUCCCAUCAAAAGUAAGGGUGAAAAAAAAUCACCUGUAAAACACAAAAAGAGAGAUAAAAGUGAUGAGAAAAAAAUUUUCAGUAAAGAUGACAAACGUGAUAAAGUGCAAAAAAGUGAUAGUCCUACAACUACUUUUAAAGGUGUUAAAACUUCAACAAAAAACAGAAAUUAUGUUCGACGCAACUUGGCAGCCAUCAGUCCCGAGCCACCACACGAUGAGGAUCUGCGGUCUUUAGGGCCACCUGAAAAGCAACCCCGUUUACAAGGUGACUCAUCUGAUGAUCAAAGUAAUGUCGUUUCUACGACCAAGGGUAUGGACACAGAUUUACGUCUAUUGCCAGCAGUUAUUGGAAAGAAAAGAUCGUCCAUCGACUCCGAUGAUCAGAGUCCUGUGAAAAGGAGUAAGAUAGAAGUAUUUGAUAAAUUAUUUGGUGAUGAAGAUACAGAUCUACGUCAACUAUCGAUUAAUAACGAUAGACCUCCCACUCCUCCGCCUCCAAUUAUUUCUUCGAGCGAUUGCACUAAAGAAAAGAGCGAAUCUCCUAAAAGUAAUUUGGAUGCCGUCCGGGCGAAGUUGGCGAACGCUACAAACAGGGAUAAAAUUAUGGCAAAGUCAUUUAAUAAGAAGAGGAUGGCUGUAUUAAAAGACCAAGAUUUACGGGUUGCGAAGGUAUCAUCAACCACCGAUAUGCCCAACAAAAUAAUAAUCUCUCCUGAGGACGAGAGUAGCAUUAAAUCGGGUACUCUAACAAAAGAACAAGAGACCAAUCUUCUUAACAAAAUCAUCAUGCAAAUAGAAAAGAACAAGCUUAAAGAGGCCCAGAAGAAGGACCACGAGGAAUCCUUUAAUAUAUCUCUUCAACCAAUAAGUGACGACGAGUUGGUAGAUAGCGACGAGGAGAAAAAUGCUACCAAGGAAGCCGUAGAAGAAACGACUGAAGUAAACGACAGUAACGUAAUACCGUUUAAUGAUAAAGACGAACGGGUUCGUCCACAACUGCAGCAGCAGUCUGACUUCGUCCACUCGUCGUUCCCUCCGAGGGAUAUAAGGAGGCCCCUUCCCCCGCCUAGCUGGCGGGGUGGAAAUCGAGGCGGUAGGCGUUACUGGGACAACCAUCCGGGCAAUUACCCAAGGAUGCCAGGCAGGCCAUGGAACCAUCCCAAUUCGUGGAGGAAUGCACAGUCUAAUUUCCCCGGUCCCAGAGAGUUUCCUGUCCAUGAUAAGGAAGAAGAGAUAUCCGAAGGUCCCGAUGCAUCUGAGGAUCAGCUCACCAAUGGGGCAGUCAAUCAAGACGAAAUUAAAACGAUCAAUAUUGACGGUGUUCCGAAGGACAUCAGGUUUUACGAUGAAACAGCCAUAGCCUUCAUAAGCUGGGACAAUCCGAGGGAGAUUUCUUUCCAAGACGGUACGAGGCGGGUCACUUUCAACAACACCGAAUCAUAUCUACUAGGGUUCAAUAAGCCUUACCAGGAGGUUCUCAUAAAUGGUUCGCCGCAUCUCGUUAGGUUGGGUGCUCCGAGUAGAGAAAUAUAUAUAGAUCACGUUCCGUACGAGUGUUAUUUCGGCAGUGUGGGUAUACGUAUAGUGUUGAAUGGUGCCAGCACGACAGUUAAGUUGGAAGGACCACCCCCUCAAGUAAAAAUAGGUGAAAAUAUGAGGACUGACCUUGUGGCCGGUAAAAUUAAUCUUUUCAUUAAUGCUCAGAUUGUUGUUCCUGUGUUCCUUGAUGCUAAAGUUCAAAAAUUUAUUAUUGAAGGUGAAACCAGUACAUUAAAAUUUGUAAAUGCAUUAGAAACUGUUUUAAUAAAUGAUGUACCUCUUUCUGUUGAAUAUGGUGGUCUCCCUAAACCUGUAUUUAUCCAUGGCAAAAAACAAUAUAUCAGAUUUUCAGUAUUACCCAAAGGUAUUAAGCCCGGCCACGUCGUCAUUAAAGAUAUGGAAGGCCAGGGCAGUGAUAAUCUUAAGUUCGACGAAAGCAGCCAAGACAGUUUAUCAGCGGUGGACCCCAACGAACCAGCGCUGCCCGUGGUUGCCAGGCCGAAGCAGCUUGUGGGUGGCGACUCUCCCGACAGGAAUUCCAAUUCUCCAAAUUUCAUACAAAACAUGUUGCAACAGCAGAAUCUAAAUAACUUAGAUCUGUUGUCAAAUGUGAUGACACCAACCUUGGGGCCUAUUUCUACUGGAGGAUAUGAAAUUGAGAACAUUCCGCAAGAAAGCACUCAGUCGACAAAUAUACCGCAAGUCACUGCUCCUGUACUUCCCCCAUCAUUGAACAUCAACGAUUUAUUCCAAAAAUUAGUAGCGUCUGGUUUCGUUACAUCCGGAAAGGAACAGAAAUCCCUGGUAGCUCCUACUGUUAUUCAGAAAGCAAAUGGAUCGGACACCAGGGAAACAAACAAAACCUUCGGGGAAACUUCUAGUAAUUCUAACCAAGCGUUACCAGUUAAGCCAUUGAAGAGAAAUCUGCAUGACAACCUUAAAUUAAUCACUUUUGCAAAACCAGAAACAUUGAAAAUACGGCAGGGUAAUUUAUAUAGUAUGCUAUAUUCCGGUAUGCAGUGUAGCAGUUGCGGUAUGAGAUUCUCGCCAGAGGCGAGCAUGCAAUAUAGCCAACAUCUCGAUUGGCAUUUCAGACAGAACCGUAAAGGAAAGAGGAACACCCGAGUAGCCGCCAGUAGAAAAUGGUACUAUUCCUUAUCCGACUGGAAAAACUACGAGGAAUUUGAGGAUUUGGAGGAAAGAGAGAAAAAUUACUUCGAUCAACAGCAACAAGCAGAGAACGGUGGUGAAGAAGGAGAAGAGGAGGUGGAAAUACCAAGUGUUCCGGCUGAUCCUGAAAGCACUGAUGAAUGUUGCGAAGUUUGCCACGAGAAGUUUGAUCAGUUCUUCAAUGAAGAAAAGGAAGAGUGGCAUCUAAGGAAUGCAGUAAGGGUAGAUGAUAAAACUUAUCACCCUAUUUGUUAUGAAGACUUCCAACAAUCGUUCGUUGAACAAAGCGCAGACGAAAGCAAACUGGAAGAAUCCAAAGAGGAAAAAACGGAAGAACUGACUAUUCCUGGACUGGAAAUCGUUAUUGAUGACGAUGAAGAAGAAUCUCAGAACAAUUCCGAAGAGCCUACAGAGGUUGUUUCAGUGGAGAGUGACGAAUCUAAACUACAACCGGAAGAAGCCAAGGAAGAGAGCCAGGAUGUACCAGAGGAAGACGAUGAUGACGUCAUUCUAAAUGAAGUCGCACCCAUAAAAAUUGUAGUGGACGAUGACGACGAUGAUCUCAAAGACGAACCAUCUACCAGUGAAGACGUCAAGGUCAAGGAAGAGAAGUUGGAUGAUGGAUUCGUGGAAGUAGCGGGACUCGUCAGUUUACAGAAUGGAGGGCAAAUUAAAAUAAAAGCAGAACCAGUUGAUCCAGAUGAAUUAGCAAUGAAUUCCGAAAAGAAUACAUCAACCACAGACGUAGAAGAAAAAGAGCCCGACAAGCAACCCGUAGAUGAGCAACCCUCCCAAUUUUUGCCUAGCCAUUCAGAAGUAAUUACUUCAAUAGACGGGAACAUGGAGAUUGUGAGUAGUACCCCUUCUGCGGUGCCCACCAGUGGUAUGAGUGGUAAUAAGAUAAAAAUAAACAUUAGUAAACCGUUGCCUGUGAUACCCGCUAAGGAAAAGGACAAUAAGAGUGAAAGCGAAUUCCCUACCGCCACUUAUAUCGAUCCCUCCGAACCUUUCCCACCUGGCGAGGAGCCCGAACCUGUUUCCAUAAAGCCAGCUCUUCAAGGCGUGAAACUUAAAAAAUUGCCUGCCGUAAAAAGAGGUACGGAACUGUCUGGUUUAUGCUCGAUAAUGUGAUUUAUUGGUAUCGCUUUGUAAAUAGUAGUGUUAAAAAUGUACAUAUUACCAAAGACAGAAUAAUAAUGUAUAUAUUUUCCAUAAAAUAUAUUGUGUAAUUUAAUUGUUGUGUUUAUCAACACAUACUUUUUACUACAUUGAUUUUGUUUCAACUGGUUUUCUUUAUUCUAUAAAGAAUUGUUGUUAAUGAUUUUGUUGGAAAUAAAUAUUUUUUUAAAAUCUGUGUGUAUAUUUUGUGAAAUUCCAGUGGUUCAUAUUCAUUUAGUGCAAAUUAUAUAUUUAUGUAGCUAUGGGAGUUAUUGUUAAUCAAGUUCUUUAGCCAUUAAUUGUACAUAUAUAGCACAAAGGAAAAUAAAUUAAUU